AUGAUAUUUGUAAUUACGACACAUACUUCUGAAAAGUAUGAUGCUGUUGGAGUUUUGGGUCUUCUCCCGAAGCAAAAACUUACAGCUGCUUUGCGGAUGCUUGCUUAUGGGGCAUCUGCAGAGCAGGUGGAUGAGAUUGCAAGAAUGGGAAAAUCAACUAUCCUAGAGUGCUUGGUGAGAUUUUGUGAUGUAGGAGAAAAUCUCUACACAAGGGAGUACCUUCACAAACCUACGCCUAGGGACCUCCAAAGGCUUCUGCAAAGAGGGGGGAAGAAUUUCCCAACUGCUUGGCAAGGCGAUUAUGGGAAUCGAAAGGGCCAAAAAAGUAUAAUUCUGGAGGCCGUAGCUUCAUUCGACACUUGGGUUUGGCAUGCCUUCUUCGGAGUUGCCGGAUCUCAAAAUGACCUCAAUGUGGUUGGUCAAUCCCCGGUCUUCAACGAUGUAUUGCGAGGUCAUUCCCCCCAUAUCACGUACCAAAUCAAUAAUACCGUAUACUCUGGUGCGUACUACCUUGCUGACGGAAUUUAUCCUAGGUGGACAACAAUUCCGAAUCCCCAAUCUGAGAAGGAAAAAAGCUUUGCUGCCUUUCAAGAAGGUAACAGGAAAGACGUGGAAAGGUGUUUCGGUAUCUUGCAAGCUCGUUGGGGUAUUAUUAGAGGUGCUGCGGAGCAUUAUGAUGACUUGUAUAAUCCUCCAUAA